ACGGUGACUGGGAUCAGGCCGGGCCACACGGAGAGCGGCUUGGUCACUAUGGAGGAGAUAGGCAUCCUGGUGGAGAAGGCUCAGGAUGAAAUCCCAGCACUGUCGGUGUCCCGGCCCCAGACUGGCUUGUCCUUCCUGGGGCCUGAGCCUGAGGACCUUGAGGACCUGUACAGCCGCUAUAAGAAGCUGCAGCAGGAGCUAGAAUUCCUGGAGGUACAGGAGGAGUAUAUCAAGGAUGAGCAAAAGAACUUGAAGAAGGAAUUUCUUCAUGCCCAGGAGGAGGUGAAGCGAAUCCAGAGCAUCCCACUGGUCAUCGGGCAGUUUCUAGAGGCUGUGGAUCAGAAUACAGCCAUCGUGGGCUCCACCACAGGCUCCAACUACUACGUACGCAUCUUGAGCACCAUCGACCGGGAGCUGCUCAAGCCCAAUGCCUCAGUGGCCCUCCACAAACACAGCAACGCCCUGGUGGACGUGCUGCCUCCUGAGGCUGACAGCAGCAUCAUGAUGCUCACCUCAGACCAGAAGCCAGAUGUGAUGUAUGCAGACAUCGGGGGCAUGGACAUCCAGAAGCAGGAGGUGCGUGAAGCUGUGGAGCUACCACUUACACACUUUGAGCUCUAUAAGCAGAUCGGCAUUGAUCCUCCUCGAGGCGUCCUCAUGUAUGGCCCUCCUGGCUGUGGGAAGACCAUGUUGGCAAAGGCCGUGGCACAUCACACGACAGCUGCAUUUAUCCGGGUCGUGGGCUCAGAGUUUGUACAGAAGUACUUGGGUGAGGGCCCCCGCAUGGUCCGAGAUGUGUUCCGACUGGCCAAGGAGAAUGCACCUGCUAUCAUCUUCAUAGAUGAGAUAGAUGCCAUCGCCACCAAGAGAUUUGAUGCUCAGACGGGGGCUGACAGAGAGGUUCAGAGAAUCCUGCUGGAGCUGCUGAAUCAAAUGGAUGGAUUUGACCAGAAUGUCAACGUCAAGGUGAUCAUGGCCACAAACAGAGCAGACACCCUGGAUCCUGCCCUGCUGCGGCCAGGACGUCUUGACCGUAAAAUCGAAUUUCCACUCCCUGACCGCCGCCAAAAGAGAUUGAUUUUCUCCACUAUCACCAGCAAGAUGAACCUCUCUGAGGAGGUUGACUUGGAAGAUUAUGUGGCCCGGCCAGAUAAGAUUUCAGGAGCUGAUAUCAACUCCAUCUGUCAGGAGAGUGGAAUGUUGGCUGUCCGUGAGAACCGCUACAUCGUGCUGGCCAAGGACUUUGAGAAAGCGUACAAGACCGUCAUCAAGAAGGAUGAACAGGAGCAUGAGUUUUACAAGUGACCCCUACAUCUUCCUGCCCCCACCCCACCCACUACAAAGGUGCAGGACUUCCCUCACCUCCCAGGCACCUCUGUCCCAAACUUGGUUGGUUCAUUCAAUAAAUAUAGAAGAUUGAA